AUGGGCGCUCCGCCCGCCCGCGGGGCCGCGCUCCCGGUGCUGCUGCUGCUGCUGCUGCUGCUGCCCGCACCGGGAUCCGCCACCGGCGCCCGCACCGCCACCUGCCCGCCCGGCGCGCUCCUGCCGCUGCUUCAGCCCCGCCGCGGCACCGGGGACAGCGGCGGCUCCGGCGGCACUGGGGACAGCGGCGGAGCCAGGCCCUUCCCGAGCACCGACGCUUCCAGCGGCACCGGGGACAGCGGCGGCGACCGACCCUUCUCGGACACCGGCGGGGAUGGGAACGGCCGCGGCGGCGGCGUUGAGACCGCAUCGAGCAGCGGCGGAGAUGGAAACGGCGGCGGCGGCGUUGGGACCGCAUCGAGCAGCGGCGGGGAUGGGAACGGCGGCGGCGCUGAGACCGCACCGGGCAUCGGCGCUUCCAGCGGGGGCGGCCGCCGCGGCGGGCCCCUAGGCGGCGGCGGGCCCCAAGGCACCGGCGGCACCGGGAGCCCCGCGGGCACUGCGGAUCCUCAAGGCCAUGGAGGCACCUGGAGCACUGGGAACGCUGGAGGCACCGGGAACACUGGAGGCACCGGGAGCAGUGGAGCGCUGGAGGCACUGGGAGCGCUGGGGGCACUGGAGGCACUGGGGACGCUGGGGGCACCGGGAGCACUGGGGGCGCUGGGGACGCUGAGGGCACCGGGAGCACUGGGGGCGCUGGGGACACCCAAGUUCCCGGCCAGAGCAGCAGCAUCGGGGGCACUGGGCACGCUGGGGGCACUGGGCACACCAACAUCCCCGGGGGCACCAGCAGCGCCAGGGGUGUCGGGGCCGGCAGGGCCAGCCAAGGCUACCAGGGCCACCAGACCUGCUGGGGAGACUCAACAUGUCCCCAGGGCCACCAGGAAAGUCCCCAGGGAUGCCAGGAGCACCAGGGACACUGGAACUGAUGAGGACACGGGGAAGCUCCCUGCAGACCCCAAGAGCAAUAGGGAUACUGGAGAUACUGGGGAGACUGGGAAUAUCCCCAGGGCCACCAGACCUGCUGGGGAGACUCAGCAUGUCCCCAGGGCCACCAGGGCCACCAGACCUGCUGGGGAGACUCAGCAUGUCCCCAGGGCCACCAGGGCCACCAGACCUGCUGGGGAGACUCAGAAAGUCCCCAGAGACACCAGGAGCACCGAGGAGGCGACAGACAUUGGGGACCCCCCACCCGCGGGCGCCACCGGCAGCCCGGCGAGCCGGCGCCGCCGCAGCCCCAACACGGCGCCCCAGUUCCAGCCCCCCAGCUACCAGGCCUCGGUGGGGGAGAACCAGCCGGCGGGGACGGCGGUGACGCAGGUGACGGCGGUGGACCCGGACGAGGGGGAGGCAGGGCAGCUGCGCUACGCCAUGGCCGCCCUCUUCGACAGCCGCUCCGACGCCCUCUUCUCCAUGGACCCCCUGAGCGGCGCCGUCGCCACCGCCGCCCCGCUGGACCGGGAGAGCAAGAGCAGCCACGUCUUCCGGGUGACGGCCACCGACGGCGGCACGCCGCGGCGCAGCGCCAUGGCCACCCUGACGGUGACGGUGACGGACGCCAACGACCACGACCCGGCCUUCGAGCAGGCCGAGUACCGGGAGAGCGUGCGGGAGAACCUGGAGGUGGGCUACGAGGUGCUGACGGUGCGGGCCACCGACGGCGACGCCGGCCCCAACGCCAACCUCCUCUACCGGCUCCUCAACGGCGGCGGCCCCAACGAGGUCUUCGAGAUCGACCCCCGCUCGGGGGUCAUCCGCACCCGCGGCCCCGUGGACCGCGAGGCGGUGGAGGCCUUCGAGCUGCUGGUGGAGGCCACGGACCAAGGGCAGGAGCCGGGGCCCCGCAGCGCCACGGCCACCGUCCGCAUCGCGGUGGAGGACGACAACGACAACGCGCCGCAGUUCGGCGAGCGGCGCUACGUGGCGCAGGUGCCCGAGGACGUGGCGCCCAACUCGGGCCUGCUGCGGGUGACGGCCACCGACCGCGACAAGGGCAGCAACGCCCUGGUGCACUACAGCAUCGUCAGCGGCAACACCCGCGGCCACUUCUACAUCGACGCCCAGACCGGCGCCCUGGACGUGGUCAGCCCCUUGGACUACGAAGUCACCAAGGAGUUCACCCUGCGGAUCCGGGCGCAGGACGGGGGCCGCCCUCCCCUCUCCAACAUCAGCGGCUUGGUGACCGUCCAAGUGCUGGACGUCAACGACAACGCCCCCAUCUUCGUCAGCACCCCCUUCCAGGCCACCGUGCUGGAGAACGUCCCCGUGGGCUACUCCGUCAUCCACAUCCAGGCCAUCGACGCCGACUCGGGCGACAACGGCCGCCUGGCCUACGCCCUCCUGGAGACCGGCGCCGGCUUCCCCUUCGCCAUCAACAACAGCACCGGCUGGAUCGUGGUGGCCUCCGAGCUGGACCGGGAGGCGGUGGACUUCUACAGCUUCGGGGUGGAGGCGCAGGACCAGGGGAGCCCUCCCCUGGCCUCCUCGGCCAGCGUCAGCGUCACGGUGCUGGACGUCAACGACAACAGCCCCGAGUUCACGCAGCGGGAGUACGGCGCCCGGCUGAACGAGGACGCGGCGGUGGGCAGCAGCGUCCUCACCGUCUCCGCCCUCGACCGGGACGCCAACAGCGUCAUCACCUACCAGAUCUCGGGGGGCAACACCCGCAACCGCUUCGCCAUCACCAGCCAGAGCGGCGGGGGGCUCAUCUCCCUCGCCCUCCCCCUGGACUACAAGCUGGAGCGCCAGUACCUCCUCACCGUCGCCGCCUCGGACGGCACCCGGCAGGACACCGCCCAGGUGGUGGUGAACGUCACCGACGCCAACACCCACCGGCCGGUCUUCCAGAGCUCCCACUACACCGUCACCGUCCACGAGGACCGGCCGGUGGGCACCACGGUGGCGGUGAUCAGCGCCACGGACGAGGACACGGGGGAGAACGCCCGCAUCACCUACCUGAUGGAGGACAGCAUCCCCCAGUUCCGCAUCGCCCCCCAGAGCGGCGCCGUCACCACCCAGAUGGAGCUGGACUACGAGGAGCAGGUGUCCUACACCCUGGCGGUCACGGCGCGCGACAACGGCAUCCCCCAGAAGUCCGACACCACCUACCUGGAGAUCCUGGUGAGCGACGUCAACGACAACGCCCCCCAGUUCCUGCGCCACUCCUACCAGGGCUCGGUCUACGAGGACGUGCCGGCCUUCACCAGCGUCCUGCAGGUCUCCGCCACCGACCGCGACUCCGGCCUCAACGGCCGCGUCUCCUACACCUUCCAAGGGGGCGACGACGGCGACGGCGACUUCAUCAUCGAGUCCACCUCCGGCAUCGUCCGCACCCUGCGCCGCCUGGACCGGGAGAACGUGGCCCUCUACGCCCUGCGCGCCUUCGCCGUCGACAAGGGGGUGCCGGCCAAGAGGACGCCGGUGGAGAUCCAGGUGACGGUGCUGGACGUCAACGACAACCCGCCGGUCUUCGAGCGGGACGAGUUCGACGUCUUUGUGGAGGAGAACAGCCCCAUCGGGCUGGUGGUGGCCAGGAUCACCGCCACCGACCCCGACGAGGGCACCAACGCCCAGGUCAUGUACCAGAUCGUGGAGGGCAACAUCCCGGAGGUCUUCCAGCUGGACAUCUUCUCCGGGGAGCUCACCGCCUUGGCCGACCUGGACUACGAGACCAAGGCCGAGUACGUCAUGGUGGUCCAGGCCACCUCGGCCCCCCUGGUCAGCAGGGCCACCGUCCACGUCCGCCUGCGCGACGCCAACGACAACAGCCCCCAGCUGCAGAACUUCGAGAUCCUCUUCAACAACUACAUCACCAACCGCUCCGGCAGCUUCCCCGGGGGGGUCAUCGGCCGCGUCCCCGCCCGCGACCCCGACGUCUCCGACCGCCUCACCUACGCCUUCGAGCAGGGCAACGAGCUCAACCUGCUGCUGCUGGACCCCCGCAGCGGCGACCUGCGCCUCAGCCCCGCCCUGGACAACAACCGCCCCCUGGAGGCCGUCAUGAGGGUCUCCGUCUCAGACGGAGUUCACAGCGCCACGGCGCAGUGCACGCUGCGGGUGACGGUGAUCACGGACGAGAUGCUGAGCAACAGCAUCACCCUGCGCCUGGCCGACAUGUCCCAGGAGCGCUUCCUCUCGCCGCUCCUCAGCCGCUUCCUGGAGGGGGUGGCCACCGUCCUGGGCACCCCUCGCCACCGCGUGGUCCUCUUCAACAUCCAGACCGACACCGACGUGGGGUCGGCCGCCCGGAUCCUCAACGUCAGCCUCUCGGUGCUGCUGCCCGCCUCGGGGCAGGGCUCGUCCCGCUUCUUCUCCUCGGAGGAGCUGCAGGAGAGGCUCUACCUGAACCGCUCCCUGCUGGCCUCCAUCUCGGCCCAGCGGGUGCUGCCCUUCGACGACAACAUCUGCCUGCGGGAGCCCUGCGAGAACUACCUGCGCUGCGUCUCGGUGCUGCAGUUCGACAGCUCCGCUCCCUUCCUGGCCUCCGACACCAUCCUCUUCCGGCCCAUCCACCCCGUCACCGGCCUGCGCUGCCGCUGCCCCCCCGGCUUCACCGGCGACUACUGCGAGACCGAGAUCGACCUCUGCUACUCCAGCCCCUGCGGCCCCCACGGGCACUGCCGCAGCCGCGAGGGAGGCUACACCUGCGAGUGCCAGGAGGACUACACCGGGGAGCACUGCGAGCUGAGCGCCCGGGGCGGGCGCUGCGCCCCGGGGGUGUGCCGCAAUGGGGGCACCUGCCUGAACCUGCUGGUGGGGGGGUUCCGCUGCCAGUGCCCCCCCGGGCACUACGAGAAGCCCUUCUGCACCAUGAGCACCAGGAGCUUCCCCCCGAGCUCCUUCCUCACCUUCCGCGGCCUGCGGCAGCGCUUCCACUUCACCCUCGCCCUCACGUUCGCCACCAGGGAGCGGGACGGGCUCCUGCUCUACAACGGCCGCUUCAACGAGCGCCACGACUUCGUGGCCCUGGAGAUCGUGGCCGAGCAGCUCCAGCUCACCUUCUCCGCAGGUGAGACCACCACCACCGUGUCCCCCUUUGUGCCCGGCGGGGUCAGCGAUGGGCAGUGGCACCGAGUCCAGCUGCACUACUACAACAAGCCGGUGCUGGGGCGGUCGGGGCUGCCGCAGGGCCCCUCGGAGCAGAAGGUGGCCGUGGUGGCCGUGGACGACUGCGACACGGCCGUGGCGCUGCGCUUCGGGGCGCGCCUGGGCAACUACUCCUGCGCCGCCCAGGGCACGCAGUCCGGCAGCAAGAAGUCGCUGGAUCUGACGGGGCCGCUGCUGCUGGGGGGGGUCCCGACCCUGCCCGAGAGCUUCCCGAUCCGCAGCCGCAGCUUCGUGGGCUGCAUGCGGCACCUGCGCAUCGACCAGCGCCCGGUGGACCUGGCAGCCUUCAUCGCCAACAACGGCACCGUGCCCGGCUGCCCUGCCAAGAGGGCUCUGUGUGACCCCAGCCCCUGCCACAACGGGGGCACCUGCGUGCACGAGUGGGAGAGCUUCAGCUGCCGCUGCCCGCUGGGCUUCGGGGGCAAGACCUGCCAGGAAGAGAUGGCGAACCCCCAGCGCUUCCUGGGCAGCAGCAGGGUGUCCUGGAGCGGGUUGGCACUGCCCAUCACCCUGCCCUGGCACCUGGGGCUCAUGUUCCGCACUCGCCACCCCCGGGGGCUGCUGGUGAGGGCCAGUGCCGGGCCCCGUGCCACCCUCACCCUCCAGCUGAGCGAGGGGCAGCCCGAGGCUGGCAUCUGGCAGGGGGGGUCCCGCCUGGCAUGGCUGCGGCUGCCCAGCGCCAAGGUCAACGACGGCGACUGGCACCACCUGCAGCUGGAGCUGCGGGGGGCACCCGGCCCUGCCCCCCCUGCCACCCUCCUCCUCCUGGCCCUCGACUACGGCCGCCACCAGGCGGUGGCAGACGUGGCAGGGGAGCUGCAGGGGCUGAGGCUGCGGGCACUGAGCGUGGGGGGGCUGGCAGGAGACGGUGGCACCGUGGAGCAGGGCUUCAGGGGGUGCCUGCAGGGCGUGCGCGUGGGCGAGGCGGCGGGCGGCAGGCUGGCACUGAGCCUGGCACAGGCGGCACAGGUGAACGUGGAGGGAGGCUGCGCCCUGCCCGACCCCUGCGACUCGGGGCCCUGCCCCCCACACAGCUACUGCAGCGACGACUGGGACAGCUUCUCCUGCCGCUGCCAGCCUGGCUACUUUGGUGAGAGCUGUGUCAGCGCCUGUGCCCUCAACCCCUGCCAGCCCCCUGCCACCUGCGCCCGCAAGCCUGGCACGGCACAGGGCUACAGCUGCGAGUGCCCCCAGGGGCACUUCGGUGCCUACUGCGAGCACAGGGAGGCCCAGCCGUGCCCCCGGGGCUGGUGGGGGCACCCCACGUGUGGGCCCUGCAGCUGCGAUGUGGCCAAGGGCUUCGACCCCGACUGCAACAAGACCACAGGAGAGUGCCACUGCAAGGAGAAUCACUUCCGGCCGGCGGGCAGCGAUCGGUGCCAGCCCUGCGAGUGCUACCCGACCGGCUCCCUGUCCCGGCGCUGCGAUGCCAGCAGCGGGCAGUGCCCCUGCAAGGGCGGCGUCAUCGGGCGGCACUGCGACCGCUGCGACAACCCCUUCGCCGAGGUGACGGCCGGCGGCUGCGAAGUGAACUACGACAGCUGUCCCCGUGCCAUCGAGGCCAGCAUCUGGUGGCCUCGCACCCGCUUCGGGCUGCCAGCUGCUGCCCCCUGCCCCAAGGGCUCCGUCGGCACGGCCGUGCGGCACUGUGACGAGCACAAGGGCUGGCUGCCCCCCAACCUCUUCAACUGCAGCUCCCUGGCAUUCGCUGCCCUGCGGGCAUGGGCGGAGCGGCUGGCCCGGAACGAGUCCCGGCUGGACGUGGCACAGUCCCGCAGGGUGGCGCUGCAGCUGCGGGAGGCCACCCGCCACACCCCUGCCUACUUCGGCAGCGACCUGCGCCUGGCAUACGGCCUGGCAACGCGGCUGCUGCGCCACGAGAGCGCCCAGCGGGGCUUCCGCCUGGCUGCCACCCAGGAUGCCCACUUCACCGAGAACCUGCUGCGGGUGGGCAGUGCCCUGCUGGACAGCAGCAACAAGAGGCACUGGGAGCUGAUCCAGCAGAGCGAGGGGGGCACAGCCUGGCUGCUCAAGCACUUCGAGGACUAUGCCAGUGCCCUGGCACAGAACAUGCCCCAGACCUACCUCAGCCCCUUCACCAUCAUCACCCCCAACAUCGUGGUGUCGGUGGUGCGGCUGGACAAGGGCAGCUCGGCCGGUGCCAGGCUGCCUCGCUACGAGGCGCUGCGGGGGGAGAAGCCUCCGGACCUGGAGACCACUGUGAUCCUCCCGGACAGCCUCUUCCGGCCCCCCGAGGGCAGGCACCCCUCAGCUGGGCACCGGCAGGCACCUCAGGGUGGCACAGGUGGGCAGGAGGAGGAGGAGGAGGAGGAGGAAGAGGCUGAAGAGGCAGAUGAGGAGGAGGAGGAAGAAGAGGAGGAGGAGGGGGAGGAGGAGGAGGUGCCCCUGGUGAGCAGGCAGAGGUGGCACCCGGCCCUGGGCGAGGGCCAGGCCAUUGCCAGCGUCAUCAUCUACCGCACCCUGGCAGCGCUGCUGCCACAGCAGUACGACAGCGACAAGAGGAGCCUCAGGGUGCCCAAGCGCCCUGUGAUCAACACCCCGGUGGUGAGCAUCAGCGUGCACGCGGCGGGGGUGCGGGCACCGAGGGCACCGCGGGCACCGUGGGCACCCCUGCCCAAGCCGAUCACCCUCCAGUUCCGGCUGCUGGAGACCCAGGAGCGCUCCAAACCCAUCUGCGUCUUCUGGAACCACUCCCUGCUGGCGGGCGGCGCGGGCGGCUGGUCGGCGAGGGGCUGCGAGGUCGCCUUCCGCAACCGGAGCCACGUCAGCUGCCAGUGCCACCACCUCACCAGCUUCGCCGUGCUCAUGGACAUCUCCCGCCGCGAGAACGGCGAGAUCCUGCCCCUGGCGGCCCUGACCUACGCCUCGCUGGGCGUGGGGCUGGCAGGGCUGCUCCUGGCCGUGCUGGCCCUGGGGGGGCCCCGGGGCCCCCGCUCCAACCGCCACGGCAUCCGGCGGCACGCUGCCACCGCCCUGCUCCUGGCACAGCUCGUCUUCCUGCUGGGCAUCAACCAGGCUGACCUGCCGCUGGCCUGCACGGUGGUGGCCAUCCUGCUGCAGUUCCUGUACCUGAGCGCCGUGGGCUGGGCGCUGCUGGAGGGGCUGCACCUCUACCGGCGCCGCAGUGAGCCCAGGCACGUGGACCGCGGCCCCAUGCGCUUCUACCACGUCCUGGGCUGGGGGCUGCCGGCCGUCAUCACCGGUGAGGACACGCCCCCUGCGCCCUGA